GUGCCACCGAUACGUUUGAUAACUUGAGACAAAUUCACAGGCAAAGACAUACUGGUGCUGAAAGUUGUACAACAGAAUGCAACAUUUACCAUGUAGGAAGUAUUUUACCUGAUGGUAAGAUUGUGUAUCAAAGUCUGAAAUUCUGUUUACCUGCUAACCAAGCUAGCUGCAACAUUAGGCCUACCAGUGAAACUGCUGAGAUGAGAUGAAUGGCAUCACCCCAGUGGAAAGUGAAAGCAACGGGGUGAUGUUGACUCUGAAAUAUCAGCUGUUUGUAAUUCUGCCCGAAAAUGUUCCAGAAAUGUCUUUGAUUUUAACUAAGAAGAAACGCUAAAACGACUAAGAAGAAACGCUAAAACGACAGAACCCCACCCACCAGAAAUGUCUUUGAUUUUAACUAAGAAGAAAUCUGAAAUACCACCCCAGUUGCCAUUGAAUUGGUGGGAUUCAUUGCCUUCUCCGUUACACAGCAGUUUAGCUGGCUGCUGUUGCCAGAGCAACGGAACGGUCUCUCUUUCUCUCGCUCGCUCUCUCUCUCUCCAUCCUUUUUCGCGUUAUUUCCCUUCCUGUUUAUCGCGAGAGUUGCUGCAGCGUUAAAGAGUUGACUUGCAGUGACCUCAUCUCUCCAGCAGCUGCAGCGCGACCGAGGCGGAGGCUGUCAAGCAACUUUGUGUAUGAACUUCCAAGUUUUGAACGAUAGCAAAAGGAAGGAGAAACUGGAGUAAAGGAAACAACGGAUAAGAAAAGACAAUACUAUUUUGACGUUUUUGUCGUGGUGAAAAUCUAGAGACUCGACGCUCACCUUGAGGCCAAACAUUGUGAUAAGAGGUUUUCCUGGAAUCUGUGUCUCUCUGAGAACGUCGGAGGUGGGGAGAGGAAAGAUUAUCCUGAGACUGACACACAAGACAGGACAGGAGCCUAGUUCACCAGAGACCGACGCAGCAUACAAACCUGAGGAGGACCAACACUAGCAACAACCUUCUGUCUGCCCUGCCUUUCUCUUCCUCCUCCAGUCCUCCCAGCCACCCAUGCUCUGUGAGGCUCUCUAUCCUCUCCUCUCCCUGGGCAUAAUGCUCCAUCUCUACUGCUGAGCUCUCUCUUACCCCACCUUACCCCCUAACUCCACCAUGACCAGUCUGAAGCGGUCUCAGACGGAGCGUUCGGUGGGCGGCUCGGUACCUGCCUCUGAUGAAUUCUACACCCGUCGCCUGCGCCUCCCCAAUGGUGGCGCCCCCCCACCUCGCUCGGAGAGCACCCACCUCACCUCCUCUUCCUCAUCCGGCUCCUCUUCCUCCUCCACCCCGGGGGUUCCCAAGAUGGGAGUCAGGGCGCGCGUGGCGGACUGGCCCCCAAAACGGGAUGGAACGGGCGGGGUGUGGCACAUCACCGUAGAUACGGACUCCCCGAGUUCCACCAUGUCAUCUUCAGGUGGCGGAGAAUGUGGGUCAGGCGGGUCGGCCGGGGAACGCGGGUCGGCCGGGGAACGCGGGUCGGCCGGGGAACGCGGGUCGGCCGGGGAACGCGGAGAAAGAGAACGGAGCUCGGGUUCAGGCUCGGCGCCCACGGCCCAUAGCAACUUGUCAGCUAAACUGGGCCACCUGAUCAGCCCUCAGGACUCCUCGAUGCUCCGGAACAUCCACAACACCCUGAAGAGCAAGAUGCACCACAGCAGACAUCACAGCAAAGACAACCGCUACCUGUCGCCAGACGGCUACCAGGGCUCGCCGCGUAAAGGCAUGAGGCGUAUCCGCCAGCGCUCCAACAGUGACAUCACUAUCUCUGAGUUAGAGGGUGACGGGGGCGAGGGCUGGUCCUUCUCCGGCUGGACGCCCAUGCAUCGAGAGUACGGCAGCACCUCUUCCAUAGACAAACAUGCAGGCUCAGGGGAGAGCUUCUUCGAUAUGCUCAAGGGCUAUACGUCCCAGGAGGCUCCUGAUCAACGCAGCCCGGCGCCGGACAGACUUGGUGAGCUGCUGACGGUGGCCCCGCACAAACAGGCUGCCCUGGAUCUACCUGAUGGACCCCAGGGUCCUACCAGAGGUAGCCCUGCCAGUCGCCUGAAGGAAAGAGAGAAACACCUGAAGAGGAGGUCCAAGUCGGAGACUGGAGGGGAGUCCAUCUUCAGGAAGCUCCGCAGCGUCAAGGCCGAGGGUGACUCGUCCCGGGCUGGGUCUGAUGUGGAGGAUGGGGUGCGGGAGGACGUCAGCGGCCCCCCUCCUAAACCCUGGUCCUGUCAGAAAGGCUUUGCUCACUUUGACGUGCAGAGUAUCCUCUUCGACCUCAACGAGGCCAUCCAGGGUCGACAGUCCGGCGGGAAACGCAAGAACACCACCACGGGGGCCUCCGCUGCGGCCGCCGCCUCGGCCUCCGCCACUUCCUCGCUCUCGUCCAAUCAGAGCGGGGUAAGCGGCGGGGGCGGGUCUCCGUGCGGGUCCCAGGAGGAGCUGAGUGGGAAGGAGGGGGCCACGGGACAGGGAGGGACUCACACCACUAACCCUGCCCUAGACCCUGGUGAUGAGAAGAGCAACGAUCUGGUGCUGAACUGUCCUUGUUUCAGGAAUGAGCUGGGAGGAGAGGGAGAGAGGAACAUUGGCCUCUCUAAACGGCAGGGUAGUAUAGGCAGUGGGGGCAGCUCCAGUGGCUCUGGGGGGGGAGGUGGCUCAGAGGAGGGACCCCUGGAGACCUCUCUCCCCCACUUCACCAACGCCGGGGUGUCCGUGCUGGAGGCCCCUAAAGACGGACAGGGACAGCAUGCUGAUAGGGCCAAACGAUCUGUGGAGCACUGCGACCAGGGGUCUUACUACUACAGGAAAUACUUCUAUCUGAGAGAGCAUUGGAACUACCUGGGUGUAGAUGACACUCUGGGUCCAGUAGCAGUGAGUUUGAGGAGAGAGAAGCUAGAAGAACACAAGGAGCAUGGACAACAGUACAACUACAGAGUCAUCUUCAGAACCAGCGAGCUCACCACCCUGCGUGGGUCUAUCCUGGAGGAUGCAGUGCCAUCUACCUCAAAGCACGGCCUGGCGCGGGGUCUACCCCUCAAAGAGGUGCUAGAUUACCUGGUACCAGAGCUGAACGCCCACUGUCUCAGACUGGCUCUCAACACACCUAAAGUCACAGAGCAGCUGAUGAAGCUGGACGAACAGGGGUUGAGUUUCCAGUUGAAGGUGGGGGUGAUGUACUGUGCGUCGGGACAGAGCAGUGAAGAGGAUAUGUACAACAAUGAUUCGGCAGGUCCUGCUCUGGAGGAGUUCCUUCAGCUGCUUGGGGAGAGGGUCCGACUGAAAGGAUUCACCAAGUACCGAGCCCAGCUGGACACUAAGACUGACUCCACAGGGACCCACUCCCUGUACACCACCUAUAAGGACUAUGAGGUGAUGUUUCAUGUCUCCACCAUGCUGCCCUACACACCCAACAACAAACAACAGCUCCUGAGGAAGCGUCACAUAGGGAAUGACAUAGUGACCAUCGUAUUCCAGGAGCCUGGGGCUCAACCCUUCACCCCCAAGAACAUACGGUCACACUUCCAACACGUGUUUGUAGUGGUGAGAGCACACCAACCCUGCUCUGACAACACCUCCUAUAGCGUGGCGGUCACUCGUUCUCGUGACGUCCCGUCCUUCGGCCCUCCCAUCCCAGAGGACGUGUCCUUCCCAAAGUCCUCCGUGUUCCGGGACUUCCUCUUGGCCAAGAUCAUCAACGCUGAGAACGCCGCCCACAAAUCGCACAAGUUUCGCGCCAUGGCGACACGGACACGUCAGGAGUACCUCAGAGACCUGGCAGAGCGCCACACCACGUCGACCCCCAUCGACCCGUCCGGGAAAUUCCCCUUCAUCUCAUUGGCCCACAAGAGGAAGGAGAAGAGUCGUCCGUACGCGGGGGCGGAGCUUCGGAGCCUCGGCGCCGUCACGUGGGCGGUCCACGCCGAGGAUCAUGGGGCGGGAGGAGAGCUCGAAGCACUACUGGCUAUCUCCAACGACUUCCUCAUCCUAUUGGAUCAGGAGGCCAAGGCCGUGGUGUUUAACUGUGCUACUAAGGACGUGAUUGGCUGGACGCUGGGGAGUCCCGCCUCCAUGAGGAUCUUCUAUGAGAGAGGGGAGAGUGUGUCUCUGAGGUCUGUCAGUAACAACACAGAGGACUUCAGAGAGGUGGUGAAACGACUGGAGUACCUGACUAAGGGUUGUGAGACGUCUGAGAUGACACUACGUCGUAACGGGCUGGGCCAGCUGGGUUUCCAUGUCAACUACGAAGGCAUCGUGGCAGAGGUGGAGUCAUACGGGUACGCCUGGCAGGCGGGGCUGAGGCAGGGCAGCCGAUUGGUCGAAAUCUGCAAGGUUGCCGUGGCGACACUGACCCACGAACAGAUGAUAGACCUGCUGAGGACGUCGGUCACCGUCAGGGUAGUCAUCAUCCCGCCACACGAAGACGCUACCCCACGCAGAGGUUGCUCUGAGCUCUACCGUAUGCCAGUGGUUGAGUAUAAGGGGAGUGGUGAGAGUGGUUCGUUUGACUACAAGUUCCCGUUCCGCAGCAAAGACAACAAGUGGCAGAGAACCUCCAGUAGUCCCCAGCAGUCCCUGACGGCCUCCCCCCAGCCGCACACCCCCAACCGGGCCGUCAGCCUGGGGAGCUCUGGGGGGAAGACUCUGUCUGCUGAACGCCCAGAGAGAAACGCUGCUAUACCACGCAGUGUUAGUAGUGAUGGACGGCCGCUGGAUACCAAGAGAAUGUCUCCGGGCAGUGAGAACUAUGCCGUAACCUCCUCUCUGGCUCUGGGCCGUUCUCCUCACAACCGAUCUUCCCCCUCCAACCUCUCCUGCUCCACUGACACCUCACAGCACUGGAGGACUCAGAAGUCUAUGCCUGAGGGGUUCGGAGAACGCAGACAACACUCUCCUUUAUCUACGGAGAGGCAGGUGGUGGGAGAAGGAGGGGCUAGCGGCAAGUCCACACCAAAUUGGCCGAGAGUAGAGGAAGGGGGUGGGUCCGACAGAGGUUCUACAGAUUCUCCUGUGUCUAAGUCUGGUCCUGGGUACUCCGGAGCACCACGCAUCCAGAGGCAGGAGCAGGUCAUCCACCACUCCCCCAAGAAGAGCUCCCAGGUCAGGCUUCACUCUGCGCCACACUCCCCUGUCCUCACCCCGACCAGGUCCUCCUCAGGCCAGCCCCCUACCCGUCGAUCACUCCACCGGACCCUGUCUGAUGAGAGUAUCUACCGGGGCCAGCGUGUCCCCUCUCUGAGGCUGGGGGACCUAGAACCAGACCCCAGCCUGGCUAGUGAUGUGUUGUUCAGCUGCUCCACGUUGCCACGUUCUCCCACCACCCGCGGGGUGCCUCUCAGACGACCUUCUUACAAACUGGGGAUCAAACUCCACGGUGACCUGUCUGCGUCUGACACGUCAUUGGCUGAGAUGGUUGAGCGUCAGCGCCACCCCCUCCCCCAGGAGCUGAUGCCCCUCCCCCCCUCUGAGAGCAGGGACAGCCCCCUGGACUGGACCCACCUGGUGGAUGUGGCCAGCACCUUUGAGAUCCAGAGAGGGUUUGUGUUCAGUGAUUCUAACCCCAGAGGUAGUGGAGCCUCCAGCCCUCACCAGUCACAGCCCAGCCUGGAGAUACAGCUUGGCCCUCUAUCAAGACCCUCAUCCAGGUAGCCCACACCAGACACAGCCUGACCCUCACCCAGGUAACCCACACCAGACACAGCCUGACCCUCACCCAGGUGACCCACACCAGGUAACCCACACCAGACACAGCCUGACCCUCAUCCAGGUAGCCCACACCAGACACAGCCUGACCCUCAUCCAGGUAACCCAACCAGACACAGCCUGACCCUCACC